CAUCACCCACUCCUCCAUCUUUUCAACAGGACUACAUCAGUGUUAUCCAGUCUGCUGUUUGCCGAACCUAACUCACCUCUGCGGUAUCCUAUCCAGGGUUUUACUGUACGACCAUUGACCACCACUCUCAUACCAGGUUUAAGGCUGAAGGCCGGGCAAAGUGAAAGCUAUAAGGUUUCCUUGACUGUGUCCAAAGGGUUCCUCACCGUUAAGAAUUCACCUGAAGGAGUGACAAUAAAAGGUGAUGGCGAGAUGAGCCUGGUUGUAGAAUGUAGCAGCCUGGUGACCCUCAACAACCUGCUGGCUACAGUGUCAUAUACCAGCACUGUCUACCAUAUACACACCGGCGACUUGGCCAUCUUCCAGUUUGAGAACCAUGAAGCUGUGUUUCCCAUCUCCAUCAAGCAGCCUAAACUGCCAGUGCUUUAUGACAUAGGAACAGAAAUCAGCUCCCACGUUACCAUCACCACAAAGAUAUUCCUGCGCUACCAAAAACUGGAGGUGUUGUUGAGCAGCAUACGGCGUUUUUAUAGCAACAUUACAGUCAUCAUUGCCGAUGACAGCGAUGACCCGCAGAAAAUUACCAGAGAACAUAUCCAACACUACAUCAUGCCUCCAGCACAGGGCUGGUUCGCUGGCAGGAAUCUUGCCGUCUCCCAGGUGAUCACAAAGUACUUCCUGUGGGUGGAUGACGAUUUUGUGUUUACAGAGGAAACAAAGAUAGAGAAGCUGGUGGAGAUCAUGGAGAAAGUUCCCGAACUGGAUGUGCUUGGCGGAUCAGUAGAAGGCAACCAGUUUUAUUUCUCAUUAGACUAUCAGGAAGGAGACGAAAUGGAGGGUGGCUGCCUGAGCAGAAAGUCUAAAGAGACUUUCCACCAACUCCCUGGUCACCCACAUUGCUCUCUAGCCAGUGGGGUGGUCAACUUCUUCCUUGCUCGUACAGAUGUUGUACAGAAGGUGGGAUUUGACCCUAAGCUCCAGAGAGUAGGACACUCAGAGUUCUUUAUGGAUGGGAUGGGAUCUCUGAUGGUUGCCAGCUGUAGCCAUGUGUCCAUCGGCCAUCAGCCUCAUACCAGCAACAUGGACACAGCCCGCUACGACAGCUUCAGAAAUCCAGAAGACAGUGAGAAAGAGUUUAAACUGCGGCUUCACUUCUUCAAAAAUCAUCUAAAGUGUGUGCACUAUGGAUAGAUAGAAUGGACCAACUGCUUUUUAGAUUUAAUAUUUUUCAAAGCCAAUGAAAUCAUUAUUUCUAUCUCUUCUUAGAGAUUUAAAAAUGAUAUACCCUUAAAGGAAGAAUAUGCAACUUUUUGAUCCUGUAGAUGUCGCCCUUACAGUAAAAUAAUUACUAACCUAAGUUUAAUUGACUAUCAAUUUACCCUUUAUUGAUGAUGGUUAUUAUUAUUACAGACAGUGGGAUUCGGGUGUCACACUCAUUGUAGACAGUCAUGACUCAGAGAUAUUUACAGAGGACAUACUGGAUUUCUGCUACAUUUAUGCGUAAAAUCUCACGCACACAGCCUUUAAAGGACUAAGUGAUGUAUAUUAUUACUUAUUACCUCUGUCAACUUUGUUUACAUUUUUGUAUUGUGUUAAUUUGUUAUGUUUUACUGCACAUACAUGAAUGGUCCUUUUUUGUCUUCAUUUUACAAUCCCCCUAAGCAAGGGGUGAUAUAUAUAUUUGGACAGUGCACAUUAAUCAACAUAUCAACAAAUAGCAUUUAUGUAAACAUGCCAGAAUUAGCACAAAAGUUACAUUUAAUCCGUAGUCCGAGGCAGGUUUAUAUGGGGAGCAGUUUUCACUAAAGCUUUCUUAAAAAGGGCAGUUUGUUGAUAAAGUGAGACAAGGUCAACAUGUCGGCAUGAAUUAGUGCAACACCUGUAUAGUUUCUGCUGACAUUUACUUUAGCAUUUAUCUCCAUGCUUUAUCUCAUGCCCUAUUCUGUUACUUGUUUCUCUUAAUGUGCCAUGCAUCAUCAGAUUUAUAGAUUUCUCUGUGGAUUUGACUUUUCACACCUGUAUUCAGCUUCUUUCUCAUUUUGCCACAGUGAGCAGAACGGUGUCCAAUUUACCUCACUUCUUUUUGCAGGUUUAUAUGAUUUAAUUUAGUCCUAGGCUGUGUCUUAAUUAACAAAUGAUAUUGUUCCAUUGAGUAUGUUGUACAGAGAAGUCAUGUUAUGCAAUUUUUUUGUAUCCAACAAAUGCCUUGGUGUAUAAUGGUUAUGCUAAGCUGCCCCAAAGUGUGAGCUCUUUGCACGCUAAGAAGGAGCAAACAAAUAAAAGU